CCUGUGUACGGUGUAACACCCUCGACCGGAAGGGGCCAGGAUUUAAAAAAAAAAAAAUCACGGUGAAGAAGAUGCAAGCCAUUCUCAAAUGCCUGAGUUGCCGGUGUGGAGAAGAUUCCGGGAGCAGCGACAACAACAACAAAGGGAAGGGCUUCUCGGAGCUGGAGGACAAGGGGAAACCCGUGGAGUCGGCGGACAACAAGAGCGGCCUGAACGUGAGGCAGGUCUUCUCGCUCAAGCAGUCCUGGAAGGCGGUCAUGAGGGA